AAAGUUUGAUAUACACUAGUUUUUUUUUAAAAAUAGAAGAGGUGACACAAUUCCGACCAUGUCGUCUUUCCAAAUCCAAAAUGCGGAAGUAUUGGCUAGAUUGAAACCGUUUGGAAUUCUGUUUGAAAAGUCACUCAGUGACUUGAUCAAAGGUGUUAGGUCUCAUUCUAAGAUUUCUCCAGAUAGUUUACUGUCCUUUUUGGAUGCUGCUAUUUUGGAGUGUAAGAAUGAAUUGAGCACCACAGAUUUAGAAACAAAGGCCAUGGCCAUUCUUAAGUUGACAUAUCUUGAAAUGUAUGGAUUUGAAAUGUCUUGGUGUAACUUUCAAAUUUUGGAAGUUAUGUCUUCUGCCAAAUUCCAACAGAAACGUAUUGGAUACCUUGCAGCUAUUCAAUCUUUCAAAAACGAGCAGGACUUGUUGAUUCUUGCCACCAAUCAAUUCAAAAAGGAUUUAAAUUCUCAUAAUCAUUACGAAGUUGGAUUAGCAUUGAGUGGGAUUGCCACCAUUGUCACGCCUAAUCUUUCUAAGGAUAUCAACGACGAUGUGUUGAUGAAGUUGACCCACUCAAAGCCAUACGUUCGUAAGAAGUCCGUCCUUGCCAUGUACAAGAUCUUCUUGCAAUACCCGGAAUCGUUGCGAGCCAACUUCACCAGAAUCAUUGACGUCUUGGAUGAUGAUGAUAUCUCAGUGGUUAGUGCUGCAAUCAAUGUCAUUUGUGAGAUUUCCAAGAAAUCUCCUAAAGUAUUUGUAAGUUAUUUACCAAAGUUCUUUACAAUUUUGGAAGAAACGAAGAAUAAUUGGCUUAUUAUUAGAAUCUUAAAAUUAUUUCAAAGUUUAUCAAAAGUUGAACCAAGAAUGAAAAAGAAGAUCUUACCAACUAUUAUCAAUUUGAUGGUUUCUACAAAAGCUUCUUCACUCAUCUAUGAAUGUAUCAAUUGUAUAGUCAGUGGGUCAAUGCUUUCCGCAGACUCUUCCAAGGAUAAAGAGACUGCCAUCUUAUGUGUGGAACAUAUCUUUUCGUUUUUCCUCGCCGGAGAUUCGAAUUUAAAAUUCGUUGGACUUCUUGCAUUGAUAAACCUUUUGAAAGAUUUCCCCACCCUUAUCCAUAAGGAUAAGGGGGUGUCAACCAUGAUUAUGCAUUGUCUCGAAGACCUGGAUCUAAUCAUCAAGUCAAAGGCACUUGAAGUUUGUCAAUUCAUGAUUAAUGAAAAUAAUAUCACUGAAGUAUUCAAAGUUUUACUUUUACAAUUAAUUCCUUCAGACACUCAAAGUGUCCCUGAGCAAUUUAAAUUGGAUGUAACAAUGAAAAUAUUAUCGGUUGCUUCACUGGAUAAUUAUGCCAACGUUCCAAAUUUCAAGUGGUAUGUUGCAGUUUUGAAAGAUAUGAUCAAUUUGACCCUUUUACCAUUAGAUUCGUCCAAUUCCAACAAUGCCAGCGCAACUUCGCCAUCAAUUUCUAAACAUACUGCUGACAUCAUCGCCUGUGGCAUUGGUCAAGAAUUUAAGACAUUGGCAGCUAAAAUCCCUUCUAUUAGACCAAUCAUACUUAAUAAAGUCAUUUUUGAUUCUGUACAAGACGUGAACAUCUUGGAUAAUUGUCCUACUCUAUUGAGGGACUUUUAUUGGAUAAUGGGAGAAUAUAUCAGUGAUUUGAAAUCAAAUGGAGUGGAAGAUGAAGAUGAAGAUGAUGUAGAAGAUUAUGGUCAAACUUCAAAUAAUCUCGUGCUUGAUUUGGGUAAAAAGAUUCAAAUGUUCAAUACAUUUGUUAAUCUGUACGUUGACUCCAAAUUAUCAUUAACCAAUCCAAAUGAAUUCCAUUUCCCCGUUUCAUACAGAAUUACCCAUUUGGAAGAACCUGAAGUGUUGGCAGUAUUUAUCCAAGCUAUAGUUAAGCUCUAUAAUGGAAUGGUGACUGAUUACGUUUCUCUCUAUGGAUUGGAUGGCUACAAAAUGCAACAUUCAAAAUUUGAGGAACUUGAGUUUUACUUAUACAAAUUGAUUCGAUAUUUGAGUAAAUGGGAAAAUCAUCUACAUUAUGAAGUACAAGAAAGGUCUUUACAAUGGCUUGAGUUUUUGAAACUUUGUCUUGAGGCAAUGUGUGGAGAAGAUUCCAAGGGGAUUGAAAAGUUGGAACGAGAAGAAAUUGAGUAUUAUAAGGAGAUGAGAAAAGACCAAGAUGACACUGAAGAAGAUCUGGAAGAUGAACUGGAAGAAGAACUGGAAGGAGAACUGGAAGAAGAGCUGGAAGAGGAACUGGAAGAAGAGCUGGAAGAGGAUGAACAAGAAGUACCAGAAGAGGACGUAACUUCUCAUGAACACAUCAAUGAAGGUUUAAUCCCAAAUGAAUAUGAAAAUCCAUUUACUAAGGAAGAAGAUGACAAGUUACCUAUGUUAUUAACAGAAGUGUUCCCAUCGUUUUUCAAAAGCUACCAAUUAAAUCCAAUUGCAUUGGACUCUCAACGGAAUAUAGAGAUUCCAGAAGAUUUGAAUUUGGAUAUUCAAUUAAAUGAAACUCCAAUUGACAUUUUGAGUGAAUUGGAAAAUUCUGAUCGUGAUUCAUUGUAUGCUUAUGAUGAUGAUAACGAAGGUAAUGGUGAUAGUUCCGAAAAGGACGAGGAAAACGCUUUGAUUAAUUUGUCCAGUGCCGACGAAGAAAGGAAAAAGAAGGAUAGACUUGAGAAACAAAAAGAUGAUCCUUAUUAUAUCACAUCCACAGGAAAACUGAAGAAGGGAAAACACGUCAAGCGAACUGGAAUUCUUGAUGAAAAACCAGAUAGCGGUGCUAGUAGUAGUGAUAUACGUUCAUUGGCUUCUGUUCAACCGAUACAGAAAAAAACUAAACCAAAGAAGUUGAAGAAGGAAAAGGUGAUGAUUCUUUCAGACGAAGUAAUUCCAGGAGGACAUUCAAUUGGAUCGCCAUUUAAUGUUGAAUCUCCUGCUGAACCUAAAAACCUCAAGAAGAAGAAGAAUUAUUUUAAGAUUGACUCUUCAAACUUGGAUAAUUUUGACUUGGAUGCCCCACCAGUCGAAUCCACCAAUGGUGUUGAUCAUGGUGCCAGUUAUGAAUACAACAUUGAUUUAGAUGAGUUGAGAAUGAAGCUUGAAAAUAGUGAACUUGAUCCAGCUAAAUCCAAGAAAAAGAAGACUUCGAAGAAAACGAAGAAGCUGAGUACUGUUGACGGGGAAAAGAAGAAGAAGAAGAAGAAAUCAGAAUCAACAACAAAAAUUACUAACAACCAAGAUGAAGUAGUAGUUGGUCCUCAAGAUUCUGAUCUCCCAGUGGAUGAAACCAUAGCACUGGCCCAAAAUAACGACGAGGGGAGGGCCAAUACCCCAGAUUCCGAUAAAGUGAUUGAGGUGAAGAAAUCCACCAAGAAGAAGAGAAAGAAGGCAGUUAUUGUGUAGCAAGCACUGAAAAGAGAGAAAAUAAAAAUAAAUAGCAUGAAUAUCUCGUUCCAUACAUUAGACUAAUAC